AUACAACUUGGCUAUGCGCCAAUGUUCAGUGCCUGACUAGCUGUCAGAAACAUAUUUAUAAAUUUUAUUAUUUAAACAAGCUAGGUCAUCGUUUUAAUGGAUAAUAAUGCCCGUUAAGGUUGAUAUUACUCCUCCACCGCCAGCGAAUUCGAAACAACCUGGCGUGACCAAGUCCCUACUUUACAACGGAUCGAAAUUUCAAGGGCAUCAGAAGUCUAAAGGAAAUUCGUAUGAAGUAGAAGUUGUUUUGCAGCACGUCGACGAAGAAAAUUCAUACCUUUGUGGAUAUUUAAAAAUAAAAGGUUUAACAGAAGAAUUUCCGACUCUCACAACAUUUUUCGAUGGCGAGAUUAUUUCUGCGAAAUAUCCAUUUCUUACGAGAAAAUGGGAUGCGGAUGAGGAUGUUGACAGAAAGCAUUGGAGUAAGUUUGACUUGUUUGUACCAUAUUUAAAGACAUUCAACUCAGACUCAUUUGAUUAUGAAUCACUUGCAAAGGCUGAUUAUGUGUUUAUGAGGUGGAAGGAACAUUUUUUAGUGCCCGAUCACACAAUUAAGGAUAUAAAUGGUGCUUCUUUUGCUGGCUUCUACUAUAUAUGCUUUCACAAAUCGGCUGCAACUAUAGAAGGCUAUUAUUAUCAUAGGAGCUCCGAGUGGUUCCAGUCAUUGACAUUAAGCCAUGUACCAGAACAUAGCAUUCAAAUCUAUGAGUUCAGAUGAAACCAUGGGACUGCAAACAAAUGGAUGGAUGUUUGUUUCAAAUAGUACUUACUCAUUCUCUAAGUCGUCAUUUCAGUUGAGCUGUAGUUAAAGAACUCGAUAUGUCUUUUACGAACAAUGAUUUUGAACAACAAUGUGGCUUGCCCUUGCAUAUACUUCAAUAAUUUUUUCUUAGAAAUUGUUUAAAUUAUGAAUCUACCAUGCCAUUGUAGCUUACAAAUUUACAUUAGUUAAUUUUUGUACAUUAUUUUGAAAAUGAAAUUGAAAGUACUAUAUCAUGAUUUUAUUCAUUAUCAUUGUACUAUAAGAUUCUCAAUAAUACUAACAAUAAGUAUUGUGAUUGUGAUAUUAUGUACAAAUUUCUUGUGUAUUUGUAGGAUUAUGUUGGAUUUAAAGUUUUUUUUUUUGAGACUGUGUUCUUUUCUGUUAAGUUAAAUAUUACAUAUUAUAUUUUUUAAUGAAGUAUGUGCAAGUUCAGGGUAUUACAUUUGUAUAAACAGGUUUAUAUUAUUUUGACUUAGGAGAAACAAUUUUAACAGUGUUAUUAAGAAAAAUUUAAUAUUUUUUUUUUCAAUAAAAUUAUAAAUACAUGUAA